CUUUAAAACUUCCAAGAAACAUCGAGGAAAACGAAAGGAAAUGUUUGGGAAAAGAACUUUGUACACGUUAGUUGAAAGAUAAAAUUAUUGUUAACACGUAUUUACAUUUUCAACGAACGGCCUGUAUAUAAUUUUCUGUAUAGAAUCCAUAAAACGGGAAAUCAUUUUUGAAAGUCUUCAAGCAGACGCUCUAGAAUAAUGGUCGACGGUAAGGAGGUUUACAUCAGCUUUAAUAGAUGGGAGGAUACGAUACGGCACUCCUUUGUAAGCCAUCUCUCUGCAGAGUUUCAACGCAAAGGCGUCUCUGUUUUCGCCAGUGAAGACUCAGCAAGCGAUGAUAGAUUUGCGGAGGAGAGUGAUGCAGCUAUAGCGAAAGCAAGGGUUUCAGUGGUGAUUUUCUCUGAGAAUUUCGCUUCGUCCAAAGGAUGCCUAAACGAGUUUUUGAAGGUUUCUAAGUGCCGACGUAGCAAGGGCCUAGUUGUGGUUCCAGUUUUCUACGGACUCACAAAUUCCAUAGUGAAGAAACAUUGCUUGGAACUGAAAAAGAUGUAUCCUGACGAUAAGGUAGACGAGUGGCGGAACGCUCUAUGGGACAUCGCAGACUUACGAGGAGGACACGUAUCAUCUCAUAAGCGAAGCGACUCCGAACUUGUGGAAAAAAUUGUUGCCGACGUGCGUCAAAAACUUGACCGUAGGGGUAGAAUUGGAGUCUACUCCAGAUUGACGAAGAUAGAAUACUUGCUUUGCAAGCAACCAGGCUGCAUCAUCCGCAGCUUAGGUAUAUGGGGUAUGGCAGGCAUAGGAAAGACGACACUUGCUAGAGCAGCUUAUGACCAACUUUCCCGUGACUUUGAAGCUUCUUGCUUCAUCGAAGACUUCGACAGGGAGUUUCAGGAGAAGGGCUUCUUUGGGUUGUUGGAGAAACAGCUUGGCGUAAACCCUCAAGUUACAAGACUGAGCAUUCUUUUAAAAACAUUACGCAGUAAAAGAAUUCUUCUUGUUCUCGAUGAUGUGCGCAAGCCACUGGGUGCAACGAGUUUUCUUUGUGAAUUUGACUGGCUUGGUCCUGGAAGCUUGAUAAUCGUAACCUCUCAAGAUAAGCAAGUACUUGUCCAAUGUCAGGUCAACGAGAUAUAUAAGGUUCAAGGCUUAAACAAGCACGAGUCUCUGCAGCUGUUCUCCAGAUGUGCGUUUGGAAAAGAUGUACCAGAUCAGAACCUCCUGGAGUUGUCUAUGAAAUUCGUUGACUAUGCUAACGGAAACCCGUUAGCUCUCAGCAUUUGUGGCAAGAAUCUGAAGGGCAAAACACCUUUAGAUAUGAAGAGUGUAGUCCUUGAACUCAAGCGACAUCUUUCCGACAAGAUUUUCGUUAAACUUAAAAGCAGCUAUGAUGCACUUAGUGUCAGUGAGAAGGAAAUCUUUCUGGACAUUGUGUUUACCUUUAGGGGAGCAAAUGUGGACAACGUAAUGCAAUCUCUUGCCGGUUGUGGAUUCUUUCCACGAGUUGGAAUCGAAGCUCUUGUGGACAAAAGUUUUGUAACUGUUUCAGAAAACAGAGUGCAAGUGAAUAAUUUGAUCUACGAUGUUGGCCUCAAAAUCAUCAAUGAUCAAAGCGAUGAGAUAGGGAUGUGUUAUAGAUUCGUGGAUGCUUCCAACAGUCAAUCUCUUAUAGAACAUAAAGAAAUCCGAGAAUCAGAACAGGGCUAUGAAGAUGUUAAAGCCAUAAACUUGGACACUUCUAACUUACCCUUCAAAGGUCAUAUCGCGUUUCAGCAUAUGUAUAACCUAAGAUAUCUGACGAUUUACAGCUCCAUUAAUCCUACGAAGGAUCCUGACUUGUUCCUUCCAGGGGACCCUCAAUUUCUGCCGCCUGAGCUAAGACUUCUCCACUGGACAUGUUAUCCUCUGCACUCUUUUCCACAAAACUUUGGUUUUCAGUAUCUUGUGGAACUCAAUAUGCCCUGCAGUAAACUUAAGAAACUUUGGGGAGGAACCAAGAAUCUUGAGGUCUUAAAGAGGAUCACGCUCAGCUGUUCCGUGCAAUUACUUAACGUUGAUGAACUUCAAUAUUCUCCAAACAUCGAAAAAAUUGAUCUCAAGGGAUGUUUAGAGCUUCAAAGUUUUCCAGACACGGGUCAAUUACAACAUCUCCGUAUUGUGGAUCUCUCAACUUGCAAAAAGAUAAAAAGUUUUCCAAAGGUGCCACCGUCUAUUAGGAAACUGCAUCUUCAGGGAACUGGCAUAAGAGAUCUAUCCUCGUUGAAUCAUUCAUCAGAAAGCCAAAGAUUAACAAGGAAGUUGGAAAAUGUUAGCUCUUCUAACCAAGAUCACCGUAAGCAAGUCUUGAAGCUGAAAGAUAGUUCUCAUUUGGGAAGUCUGCCUGACAUUGUUAUUUUUGAGUCUCUUGAAGUUCUUGAUUUUUCUGGUUGCUCAGAACUUGAAGAUAUUCAGGGUUUCCCCCAAAACCUGAAAAGGUUAUAUCUGGCUAAGACUGCCAUAAAAGAAGUUCCAUCAUCGUUGUGCCACCAUAUCUCUAAACUUGUCAAACUAGAUAUGGAGAAUUGCGAAAGGCUUCGAGACUUGCCGAUGGGAAUGAGUAACAUGAAAUAUCUUGCCGUGCUGAAACUGUCUGGCUGCUCAAAUCUUGAGAAUAUUAAGGAACUCCCAAGAAACCUUAAAGAGUUAUAUCUAGCCGGCACCGCGGUAAAGGAGUUCCCAUCAACACUGCUUGAGACUCUCUCUGAAGUUGUUCUAUUAGAUUUGGAGAACUGCAAGAAGCUUCAGGGUCUGCCAACGGGAAUGAGUAAAUUGGAAUUUCUUGUCAUGCUCAAACUGUCUGGCUGCUCGAAGCUGGAAAUUAUUGUUGAUCUUCCUCUAAAUCUAAUAGAGUUAUAUCUUGCUGGCACUGCCAUCAGAGAAUUGCCACCGUCUAUUGGGGAUCUAGCUCUACUUGAUACAUUAGAUCUGAAGAACUGCAAUAGACUCCGACACUUGCCAAUGGAAAUGCACAACUUGAAUCCCCUCAAAGUUCUUGAUCUAUCAAACUGCUCAGAGCUUGAGGUAUUCACAAGUUCUCUACCAAAAGUCAGAGAACUACGUCCAGCUCCUACAGUCAUGCUACUUCGAUCAAAGCUGCCAUUUUGUUUCUUCAUAUUUUAUGAACAUAGAGUUACUUUGUCUCUUUAUAAGGCACGUUUGCAGUAUAUUCCUGAAGAGAUACGUUGGAUGCCUUCACUAAAGACAUUGGAUCUUAGUAGGAACGGUUUCACAGAGGUGCCAGUAAGCAUCAAGGAUUUUUCUAAACUACUCAGUCUAAGGUUACGCUAUUGCGAAAACCUCAGAUCACUCCCACAGCUUCCCCGAAGUCUACAACUCUUGAAUGCGCACGGUUGUUCAUCACUGCAAUUAAUUACUCCGGACUUCAAGCAGCUUCCUAGGUAUUACACGUUCAGUAAUUGCUUUGGCCUACCCUCACACAUGGUUAGCGAAGUUUUAGCGAAUGCACCGGCUAUUGUAGAAUGCAGGAAACCACAGCAGGGACUCGAAAACGCACUAGCUUGCAGCUUCUGUCUACCUUCACCUACAAGUCGAGAUUCCAAACUUUAUCUACAACCAGGAUCUUCAACAAUGAUUAUUCUAAAUCCAAAAACGAGAAGUACGCUCGUGGGCUUUGCAAUAUUAGUUGAAGUUUCAUUCUCAAAGGAUUUUCAUGAUACUGCUGGUUUAGGCUUUAGGUGUGUUUGCAGAUGGAAUGACAAAAAAGGCCAUGCUCAUAAGCGUGAUAAUAUUUUUCAUUGCUGGGCUCCAGGCGAAGUUGUUCCUAAGAUUAACGACGAUCACAUGUUUGUCUUUUUUGAUCUUAAAAUGCAUCCAAGUAUAUUAUUUGAAGGAGAUGUCUUCGGUAUCUUGGCUGAUCUAGUUGUCUUUGAAAUAUUCCCGGUCAACAAGCAGGAGAUGCAUGUAGGCGAUAGUUGCACUAUAACAAAAUGUGGAGUCUAUGUGAUUAAUGAUGCAGCUGGCAGCUCAAGUGGAAACACGAUGACCCCACAAUGUUCUUCAAUGGAUUCACUGAAGCUUUUAGAUGGUAAAGGUAAAAAGAGAUUAAGAGUUAACUAUGCUGGUUUAAAACAAAGAGAAAAAGCUUUAUUUCUUUACAUAGCAUGUUUGCUCGGUGGUGAGAAGGCUGAUUUGCUAGCACAAUUUCUUGCUAGUACUGACUUUGUAAUUGAGUCUACGCUCGAAGACUUAGCUGGCAGGUAUCUCAUAGAUAUAUCUUCCAAUGGGGAAGUAAUGAUGCCUCCUCUGCAACGAAAUUUUUCUAGAGAAAUCAUUCAUAUGCUGCCUGCUAGCACAAAAGAGUUGGUAUCUAUGGCUUCGGGCUCACCUUGCAACCGAAACAAUGAUGUUUUUGUGAGCUUCCAUGGUAAAGAUUUUCGGAAACAAUUCAUCAGUGACUUUCUCAAGAAGCUCGUAUACAAAGGAAUUCGUAUAUGCAUAGGUGAUAAGAUCCUAAGCCGCUCGCUGAUCAACAAAGUUAUAAAAGAAUCAAGCAUUGCGGUUGUUGUGUUCUCGGAAAAUUACGCCUCCUCAAGUUUGUGCUUGCUUCAAUUGAUGGAGAUCAUGAAGUGCUGGGAAGAGUUGGGUCAAGUAGUGAUGCCUAUUUUCUACAAGGUCAAUCCUUCCGAUAUUCGGAAUCAAAGCGGACACUUUGGAAAAGGUUUCAAGAAAACUUGCAAGAAGACUAUAAAUGAUGAGCGACAAAGAUGGAGUCGUGCUUUGACUGAUGCAGCAAGCAUUGCUGGCGAAUGUUCUUUGAAUUGGUACAUGUCUCUAAUUCAUUAUUACUUGCUUUUUCUUGAAUAAUCUUAUAUACAUUUUGCAUGAUUUAUGAGACCAUAAGAUCUUUUCUAUUGGUAGGGCAUCGGAUGCAGACAUGAUUGAAAAAGUUGCCAAUGAUAUUCGGAAGAAGCUAAUAUCAUCAAAAAAAUUAGGGAAACAAAUUCAGAGAGUAGACUGCGACCAUGAUAAUCCAUGGGAGACCGAGUUUAAUAAAUGUAUAGAGCGGUUCUUCCAAUUGCCAUAUGAUGGAAAUCAUGAUGAAUCUCUAGUGAGCCUUACAACGGAGAAGGUAAUAGAUAUGAAGCAGACGCUGAAAGAGAUAUAUCAAAUUACAAAAGUAAAACUCAAGAAUAAUUUAGUUGGAAGGCGGCGUAAGCUAAGUCAGUUUUACGAUUAUAUAAGUUGUAAGAGAAAUCAGGGGAUCGAUGGAUGUAGCUCAUAUAACCUUGAUACUUGCUAAGAAUAUACAUUAUUUGUUUUCUGUAGUAGGCUUGCAUGCAUGAAAUUAUCUGUCAUAAGACAUCAAUAACAUUUGUUUCAUGCAUAUAUUGUAUGAGAAAUGUGAAGAGAGGUCUUCUUUCAAUCCUACAAGCCUGCAUACGUUGUAUGACAAUGGUAUACCGUAUCAAGUAUACACUAAGAGGAAGAAGCACAUGAGUGGAGAAGAGAAAGCACGUGAGUUGGAGAAGAGAAGGGAAGCUUAGUCGGUUUCAAUAAUGUAGAACAAUUACAUAUAAAUACUCAGUAUUAAUAUGUAAAUAGAUUCUUUUAUGCUUUGUUGUUGUUCAUGAGGUAUGUGUCUUUUGGAUUGAGAAUCAUGUACUUAGUGAUGUCUAAGUAGUUCGCAAGUGGAUUAAUGGGAAAUAUAAAAC